ACAAUUGAAGAUAUAAUAGAGGAGCUUGGUGGAAUGGGAAAGUUUCAAUGGCUGGUGACGAUAUGUAUAGCCUCGGCCCAGUUCACCAUGGGCUGGAGCAUGCUGCAAAUGUCGUUUGCGUCCAUGGUUCCAGACUACACAUGCAUCGUUGAUGGUGGGGAAAAUGACACGACAUUUAAUGACACCCUCAAUGUGUGUCACAUAAAUGGAACAGAAUGUUCCAGAUAUCUGUUCCCCGGUUCCGUCCGAACCGCCGCCUCAGAAUGGGGCCUUGUUUGUGAUCUUAAAUGGGUCAAGGCAACGGUCACAUCCAUACAGAUGGCAGGGGUAUUUCUAGGAGCGUUGAUUUCAGGACAGAUAAGUGAUUUAUUUGGAAGAAGGAAAACCCUUUACUCAUUUGUCCUAGCGCAUAUCCUUUUAAAUGGGAUAGCGGCUUUCUCUGCGUCUUGGAUCAUGUUUGCUGUAAUGAGGUUUUUCAUCGGUAUAAGCAUUGGAGCAAUCCUUGUCGUGGUAUUCCCUUUCUCUAUAGAAUUUUUACCAAUUAAAUGGCGCCAAUCUUAGUCGCUCUUCCUUUUUGGACAUUUGGAGUCGCAGGUUUUUCAGCUGCUGCGCUAGUCUUAAAGGACUGGUCUUAUGUACAUAUUGCUUGCGCUAUUUGUUCCCUUCCUUCUGCUGCUGCAUUCUUUUUUGUUCCUGAGAGCAUCCGAUGGCUGGCGGUCCACGGACGUACUAUGGAAGCCGAAGCUGUAUUUGGAAGAAUAGCUCGCAUGAAUUCCAAACCACUACAUGCUGAUACGCUUCGUGUCCUGGAAGACAUCGCUCGGAAAGAAAAAGAACUGCGAAAAAAUGGACGUAACUAUUCAUAUGUUGACAUCUUCCGUGGCAUGAAAUUAACUCAAGCAAGUCUCAGUCUCUUUUUCUUCUGGUUUACGAUGUCCUCGAUUUACUACGGCAUAUCAUUCGGGGUAUCAACCUUGUCCGGUAACAUAUAUUUAAAUAUAUGUCUUCUUGGACUUUUGGAGCUUCCAGCACAGAUUUUGGCAUUUUUUAUUUGCAACAAAAUUGGACGCAGAAGAUCUUCGUUUUUGUUUUUUGGUUUAUCGACGCUAAUCAGUCUUGGAUGUAUCAUAACUCAUCACAUCGCAAGCGAUGAAUCUCGUGGCGCUUGGAUCAACGGACUUAGCAUGACUGAAAAAAUGUUGAUUGGCGCCGUCUGGUCUUGCGUCCAGACGUGGGCACCGGAGCUGUUUCCAACGGUGACGAGAAACCUGGGUUACAGUUUCUCAAACCUCGGGGCCAGGUUCGGUGGCAUCCUGGCGCCAUUCAUCAUCAAUUUGGAUAAGGAGAUGGCCAGCAUGUCCUACAUCAUAAUGACCAGCAUUUUGGGUUUCAGCUCUCUCCUUGUCGUUUUUCUACCCGAGACGAGAGGUUUGGUUUUGAAAAACAGCAUU